AUGGGGGGAAAAACAUGGCGGCGCCCUCGUGUGACAAGCAGAUUGUUCCUGUCAAAAAGCCCGCAGCAGUUCGAGGACCUCGGCGAGUGGCCAAUCAGAUUCCAGAUGAAAUACUGAAGGAUCCUGAGUUGCGGGAAGCCAUGAAAGCCCUACCUGCAAACUACAACUUUGAAAUUCCCAAGACCGUGUGGCGAGUGAGACAAGCCAAGGCGACAAGAGUGGCUCUGCAGCUUCCAGAGGGCCUGCAGUUAUUUGCCUGUGUCAUCGCAGACAUCAUUGAGAGGUUCACGGAAGCGGAUACCAUCGUGAUGGGAGAUGUAACGUACGGGGCGUGCUGCCUGGACGACUUUACUGCCCGAGCCUUGGGAGCCGACUUCAUGGUGCAUUAUGGCCACAGUUGUCUUGUCCCCAUCGACGCCACGGCCGGAAUUAAGAUGCUCUACGUGUUUGUGGACAUCCAGAUGGACAACGCGCACUUCCUGGACACGGUCAAGUUCAACUUCCCUCCCGGACAGUCGCUGGCGCUCGUCAGCACCAUUCAGUUUGUGGCUGCACUGCAGGCUGUGAGUGCAGCCCUCAAGCCAGAGUACGACGUGCUGGUGCCACAGUGUCGACCUCUCUCACCCGGAGAAAUUUUGGGCUGCACCUCUCCACGCUUGGACCGCAAUGUCAACGCCAUAAUCUAUUUGGGAGAUGGAAGAUUUCACCUGGAGUCUAUCAUGAUCGCAAAUCCAGAUUUGCCUGCCUACAGGUAUGACCCCUACAGUAAAGUCUUCUCCAGGGAGUACUACGAUCAUGAGGCCAUGCGUGCCCUGAGGCUUGAGGCCAUCAACAAGGCUCGCUCAGCCCAGAGAUGGGGGCUCAUUUUGGGCACGCUGGGUCGUCAGGGAAACCCAAAAGUUCUGGAGCACCUGGAAUCAAGGCUGCAGUCGCUGGGCAGGAGCUUUACUCGAGUUCUCUUGUCCGAGAUUUUCCCUAGCAAGUUGGAUCUGCUGCCUGAUGUUGACGCGUGGGUACAAAUUGCGUGUCCGCGACUGUCCAUCGAUUGGGGUUCAGCCUUCUCCAAACCGCUGCUGUCUCCCUAUGAGGCAGCAGUGGCCCUCCAGGAGACGACCUGGAAGGAGGUCUACCCCAUGGAUUUCUACUCCAAUCAGAGCCUGGGGCCGUGGACCCCCAACCACCCGGUCAACCAGCCUGCUCGGCCCCCUCGAGCACAAGCCCAGGUCCGCCCUGCAGCUGCUUUUCUCCAGACAGCCAACAAGCAGUGUAUCCAGGCGCAGUGCGCCCCCUGCAGCUGCCAAGGGGAAUGACAAAGCAAUACUUAUGAAGACUAGAAUGGGAGAAAGUGGGUAUAUUUCCACUUAAGCCAUCCAACCUGCCAGAAUGAAUCCCUCACUUCUUACAGCAAAUCACAUUGUACUCCUCCACACAUUCCAACAUUUCGAGCACGAGCUUGUGAUAAAGGCUGAUAAGUACUCGUGCGUGUUCAUGAGGCACAUUCCCUUGGUGAAGCUGACCGGGGUGUUUUUUUUUUUUUUGGACCGCUAUACGUUGCGAAGGUCAUGGAGAAAUAAAACAAUGACUUAGAGUGUCAUUGCGACUUUGGUUGGAUGCAAACCAUUUGACCUUGAUUUCAACGCCGUCGUAUGCAGCGUGCUUGACACGCAGCUCCCUUGUGGGAUCCAUACGACGGGUUGGAGCACUUUAUUUAUUUAAUUAACACUGCAAGAGCUCUCUGCCAAAUAAAUCCAUCUUGACAAUACUGUCAUUUUUGCUUUGAUGACAAUUUACAACACAAUAAAUGAAAAAAAAUAGAUUUCUAUUUUGAGUGAUUGGCAGCAGGUUUUUUGUUGUUGUUGUUUUGACCAGAUAUAAGACUGCAGCAAGAAUAUCCACCAGUCAUGACUGCUCUCCGUUCUCAUUAUUUAUUGAUGGAGUCUUCUUUCGAUAAAUAAAUAAAUAUGUAAGAACACAGAUGUUGCUGCAGAAAAGCCCCCCCCCCCCCCCACCUACCUAAUGGGUGGGGUCUCGGUGUUAUUCACCCAAAAAUUCCAACAUUCUUUCUAUCAUGAUGUCUCCUUGGCAACACAUCCAUCCUUCUUGUCAUGUGUUUCACGAUGAGCCAGCCUAUGGGCAGAUCCACAGCAGCAAAAAAAGAAAUAAUCGGGGGGGGGGGGCAGGGUUUUUAUUUAUUUAUUGUUGUUGUUGGGUUUUUUUUUUUUUUUUUGCAUCUAUCAACAAAACUGAAGUGCGGCCCUUUUAAUUUUGUCAUUUUUAAUUUCUAUGAAGGGAUCAAAAAGAGGAUUUGAUGAAUGUUAUGAUAUUCGCCUUAAAUUGUCACAUGUAAUGUGUAUUUUUUUUAACUAUUACAAUGAAAACGAAUUAAAAUGAUAUCAGAUGAUCUUUGACUCUUUUAAAUUGGGUAAUAACUCCUGAAUAAAUCGUCCACUUGACUAAUUGUUCAGGGCCUAAUUUCAAACACGUCCCAAGUCGUUUACUGUAGAAACAUGUCUGUGACAUCAUUCUGCCAAAACAUUUUGAGUAAACAAGAAUUAUUGUACACUUCUCUCACCCUCUUCCUCAUCUUGCUGAAAUUACCCGAUCUUCCUGCCCCAUUUGGUAAUGGGCCAAUGACAAGUCUGACUUUACUUAACAUGUAAGCCGGUGGGUGGCGAGCGGAACAAUUUGUGUACUUUAAAUCGGGAAUUUAUUUUCAUCUUAUUAUAAUUUAUUACGUCAAAUGAAGAACACGCUCCAAACUAUUGGGAGUUUUUUUUCUAUUCCACUCUUAGUUACUGUUACAGCUGUAUCGUUUCUUUAAAAUAAAUGUUGCACUUUUCUAAGAUGAAAAGAUUUACGGAUUUAAUGCACUGUCACACGAGUUUUGUUUGGUUUCUUGAUAUAUACACUACUCGCAAAAAUGUAGAAUUUCUGAAUAAUGAGUUUGUGCAUUAAAACUGCGAAUUUAAAAACAAAAAUCUUGGUAGUAAUCGUCGGCGGUGUAUAAGAAAAAAUGGUCUUGCUCUAGUCAAGGUACUCGCAUCUCAAGGCCCCUCUUUGUUUUCAGAGGUCUGUAAAGGUCAAAAUUCAAGGUCACAACAAAGGCGAACAAAGCAAGAAAAAAAAUUGUAAAGUCAGUGGACUCAUAGUUUUACAGGUUGAGAAAUAACCAGGUAUUUGAAAUUGCAUAUAGAAUUUGUGGUCUCACUGACAUUUUUUUCUGAAAUCGACUUAUCGUGAUAUCUCAUCUUUUAUUUCUUCCUGUCUUAUGUUUUGCUUGACUGUCCUGGAGCGAGCUAAAAUAUCAGUCUACUUUCUUAUCAUGUCACAUCCUCGUGUCAUUACUUUCAUUUUCCUGUGUGUAAAAUCAUCAUCAUUUGCUUGAACUAAAUUUGUAGAAGGCCUAUGUACUCAUCUUUAAUACCAACUUUUAGUGCCCAGUGACUUUUCACCUGCUCUGUAGACAGUGGGUCAGCUGAUUGUUUUUUGAUGGCGACUGACCAUCACGAAAGGGGUGCUUUUAGAUCAAAGUUCACUAUUAACAAGGUCAAACACCCAACAACCACACACUGCGUCACCUUGUGUUAUGAAAAUCCUGAUUUAAAACACGGCGUUUACCGCAGUUAUGUUAGACUGCAUUUCUAACAGUGACCACUAGAUAUCGCUGUUAGCUUAGUUUAUUCUUAAACGACGUGAGUCAUCUAUCUCUGAGGAGUGGCCUUGUCAGGUGCAGUCAUCCUACCCGUUUUUGUUAAUUGUUUGCUCUUAUUGUUCGUCGUUGGAAUACUUAUUUGAGUACAUGUUUUGGUUCCACUUCGCAGGAGUUGCACGUGAUUGAGGAAGUGCGUUCAUCACACGCUCCAGCCUCUUUUCAUUGAUCCACUUGAAUACAUUGAAAGACACUCACUGUAUUGCGUGUGAACCGUCAAGACACUUCGUAGGUGGGUGACAAACUGCACUGAGAGAACAUACGUAACAGGGCCAGUAAACAACUUGGAAGCACUUAAUGUACUGCAUUAUAAUUAUACAAAAGCAGUGAAAUAAUAAAUACCUGACGUGUUCUUUUACUAUAUCCUCCAUUAUCAACGGGUGGAACAAAAUGUUUACGUGUUCCCUCUACUUCAGUAAUUAAAUGUGGCACCGCCUCUUUUAAAUUGAACUCAGGCCUUUGACUCUCCCUUUUUAUCUCUUGUCCACAGAGAGGUAAACAUUUUUAAAGCUGGAAAAACUUUUGUUUUCAUGUACAAGAUCAAAUAUUUCCAUACAUUGCUGUGCCAUAUAAUUUGUGUAGGGGCACGCUGUAUCAAUAGAAUUGACGAGGAGGACAUUGGUUUGGUUUCUUCUGUUUUCGUCCGGGAUGUUGUGUUUGGGGAAGAUGAAUCGAUGCCGCUAUGCCCACGGAUGUUGUUGUGACAAUAAUAAUGACAAUCAGAGUCUGGUGUGAAUACAAUACAGGUAUUUUUCAGACAUUUAUGACCGUACUUGGCAAUGUUGUUUCUGUGAGAUUUGCCCUAUUCUAUUUUUUAUUUUUAAAUGGGGAAUACAGUUUAACAGUGUGGCAAUAUAAUGAAAAUAUGUAGCUAAUCCAGUUAUUUUAAAUUCGGAUAGGUUAACAGCUAAAAUUAUCAUGAUUUAAUUAUCAAUGGAAUGAAUACAUUUAUUUUACAAUGACAACAACUUAAACUGAAUUGUUGUAUUUCAUAAUAAAAAGGCAUUUAAACUGGUGAAAAAGAUGUGUUUGAAAGCUGUAAACUGAUGUGUUAAGUACAACUUAUGAAUGAAAAAUGUCUCUCAACGACGUAUAGUUAUGGUCAAAAGAUUCAUACACUAAAGCACUUACCAUAUGCUAAAUGCUAACAAGUCAGCACAUAAAUAGUGUCAUGUCUUGAAAUAAACAUUUUCGGACCUCCCAAAACACUCGAUGGUGAUUAAUACAGAUGCGGAUGCUAACACCCCCCCCCCCCCACCCCGCAAAAAAAAGAAGUGGUGCGCUGGUUGGCUCAUCAAUAUUCUAGACCUAAGAAAUCGGUAACCCACACGCGUCUCCUCUAUUGCAAGUCUAGUGUCCAUUGUUUUGAUGCGAUUGGAUGGGACUUGAAUUAGAGUCUUAAAACGAGUCUCAAGUGGAAAGAAACAACUACUUUUGAGUAGGGGCUCAGGUUGUCCUUGAUGCUUGUUGGACCGAGAGACCCCUGCGUCCCUUGUGAUCAUAUUCCAGGAACAAGUGGUGUUAUUCUGAAAAAAAUAUUGCUAAUUUAGAACUAGCGUUAAUUUCGUCCACUGAGUCAUUGUUAAAAAGGCUGAAGAGCGGGGUUGGGGGGGGGGGGUUAACCGACAACACAAAGAGAGCGAGGAGGAAAUGUGACUCAUUGGUGAGUAAUGUACUCUGUUGCUGCUGCUGCCCACUGCAAGUAUCGCUGGGGUGCCGUCUCAUGCAUGAGGAUGUCUUGGCUUGCUAUGUGACUGGCUAGAGAAAACCUUUUGCGUCAGAUCCGUUUUUUGUCUGUACUCUCUGACAAUGUUUUCCAACAUCAAGGCAAGAAACCUUAUUUGGUUCAGUGAGGACUAUUCUGAAGAGGAACAAUUUAGUGAUUUUUAUCAAUUUGCGGCACGUUUCUAACUCCUAAGCAACAUUUCAGGAAGUAAAAGAUAAUUGUAAUAUUCAUGGAAGUUAUCGUCUGAUUUCGAAGGUGAACUACAGCACAGAGACUUGCAAGACUAUAAAAUAUGAUGUGCUGCGGGUAUUAAUUUUAAAUCCCAUACUGUUUAACCUAUAUGACCUUACUUUGCGUUAUUUGAAGGUGUGAAAUGAACUUCCGCAGUUACGCAGGUGAUUCACAACUAUACAUCUCCGUGUUUCUGUUGACACUGGUCUAAUGGAUGCUCUUUUGAACUGUAUAGAAUCCUGGAUGGCAGACAACGUUGUCCAGUUUAACCAGGACAUAACUGUAAUUUUUGUCUCUCUGUGCUGAGAACCACAAAGAGAAGCUUUCGGACUGUCUUUCAAUGUUUCUUCACAGAGAACUCCACUUGAUUCACAAUAGCACUUGAUGGCAAAAAGAGUACAGUAUAAGGCUGUGAAUUGAAUUUAACUCUCCCAUAUGAUUGUUUAUUGUCAAAUUAAAUAUAAACAUAAAACAAAGAAUUUCUAUGUUGGUUUUUAAAUCAACCACCUCGUUUAGCCUUUCAUUCUUCCAGCUUCACGCUAACACUAAAUAGCAUCUGUUUUGCGGUGCGAGUACCCUUUUAAGCCAUGGUGUGAACAUGAAUGGCGCAGCAAGACAUACUGUACUCUACAACAGUACUCACAGUCAUGCAUUCUUUAUCGUCUGCAAAGAACGAUUAAUAUUAGUGCCGUACUGAUGAGCUGAAAGGAGUUGUGUUUCAUUUGCCUGUCUUCUACUGCCCACAGGUGACCAGUUUAGUCAUACUAGAAAGAACAAAACAAUGGUCGUUCAAUUGAUGCGGUGUGACUAAACUUGAAUUCUUUUCAACUAUUUAAAUAGACUGUAUAUUUACUGUAUGUUUUUUAAAAUAUAUAAUGCAAGACUAUUGUGUGCUGUCCUCAUUAAAUUACACAUACAUUUUUUUGUUUGUUUUUGUUGUUCACUAUGCUGUCAAUUCCUUUCCAGAUGUCCGAUGAAAGCCGAAAGUUUCAUUCGGAGCUAAUGGAGUGUCUGGCGAGUUUCUGCAAUGCUGCAGGUGCUUCUUUCCACAGAUCAGAGACUUGAGCGUGAUGGCUGGCCAUGCUUACGGUCAUGUCACAGGGUUCGGCUCCACCCCGAGGCCUUGUAGAUGAUGAGUGGAUGGAUGCGCGUCACACAGCAACCUUCUUCAGAUGAUUCAGCCGCAACCAAUUAAGGUCAGUUUGUGUAAAUUAUGAUUCACGAGGGCAACAAGUUUAUUGCCCAGCCAAGAAGUUCCUCACACAAUCAAAUACAUUGAAUCUGGACCGGCUUAAUAAGGUAAUUGCUAAAUUACAGGUUACUUUGCAAGGCAAGCACAGUGAAUGACGCUGAAUCACUCUUUCAGAAUGGCUCCUCCAUUAUCGUUUGGAUACUGGUUUCAUAACAUGUCCUAGCACAGCAAAAGUAGACUUUGAGUGUAAAUGUCCAAAACACAUUGGAGACAUGCUGUAAACAUAUUGAACAUGAGGCGCAAAAGCUCUGCAGUAUGAUAGAUGAAAAUAUUGUAAAACCUGCUUCCUGAUACAUCUCCAAGCAGGAAGCAGAUUCACGAUUUUGCUUCACUUUGCCACAUCUUCUAUGUGUCUGCGUCGUCUUCGCAUAUCUCAUAUAAAUGUUGUCUAUGAUGAUGCUUGCGGUUGUCGCACAAGGCGCCAUGUAUUUCAUGUGGCCCCCUUAAGAUUGGGCUCUGGUGACGGGUCCGAUUCUGCAGUUAGCCGCUCUCUCACAGCGUCAUGCCGGAUGCUUUAUUUAUUUAUUUUGAGGAGGCGCUGACGGAGCGCUAGCUGGGUCGCGGACGGAGGGUGGACCGGCAAAAUGGGGUACAGUGCCCAUCUGUGAAUAAUUAAAAAAAAUCAUAAGAAUAUUUUUUUUAAAAGCGUACCUAAUAGUUAACCACCGCAUUUUGUUUGUAAUUGCACUAUAUUAUGCCCAAAUGAGCUAUUGUUUUCUGUGCCAUACUGUCCAGACACAUCCUACAAAUGUUCACAAGUGGACAACUGUGAACAACAUUUUUGGAGGGCGUUGCAACUGUACUGACCUUUUAGCAUAUUGAGUAUUAUUAUUAUGUUAUGCCAUAUCACUGACAUGGUUUAAAAUGCUGCCACUAGUCCCAUUUUCUUACAUAAUUGAAAAAAAAAUUCCAAAACAAAAUAGCUACAUUUUGAUCCAAUUUUUUCAACACAUAUUGCUGUCGUACUUUUUGUACAAGGCCUUAACGAUUGUGAUGGGCUUCAAGAGGAACAUAUAAAUAAUCAAUAAACGUGUGUUUUUGUUGCUGGUGCUCAAUUUGAUUGCCAGCCUAGCUGCCAUCAUCAUCAUCAUCAGUCCAUAAUUAAGCGGCAUGGGAUUUACUGCUGAAAGGCCAACAAUAAAGGAAACAAUGUGCAUAAAUCUUUUUAUUUCAUUUUGAAAGAAGACAAUAUCACAGAUAGCCAGUAGAACCACUCAGGUAGUCAAACGAGAGCUUAUUUUUUUGGGCUUGCCCUAUUAAUGAGCUGAUUUUAAA